GAAGUAAGGGGUAGGGGGUGGGACAAGGCCCGCGGGGCGAGAGCCCAAUCUCCCGGAUGCUGCGCCGCUUCCCUUUUGUCAAAGUGUAACAAGUCAAACAAGGUUUCCCUUCAGCCACUGGCCCAGGCAGCCUCAAAGGGACACUGUUGUCGCGGACGCUCCCCACGAACGAAUGGCAUGUCAAUUCUCCCUGCUCGAGGGGCUCAGGAGGAGUCUAAGGCGCCUCGCCGGGGCUGCCCCUUCUCCACUGGCAUUACCUCCCGGCCCCGGCCCGUACUCACCGGCCACCUCCAGUCCGGGCUCAUCGCCGGGGGCGCCCGCCGGGGCUCCAACCCCGUGUGGGAGGCCGGCGACGAGAGGCGGGCCGAGAAGGGGAAACCCGAACUCUCGGACGCAAAGCUGGCCGCCCGGGCUCCUGCCCCGCACGCUCUGGCCCGGCUCCCCCGGCUUCCCGCGCUGACCCCUGCCACUCCUGGUCCCGCCGGUGCCCCAGCGUCGCAAUUCCGCAAACACCUUCGCUUUUCCCGAGCUUUUGGAUCUUCUGGCCUGGGAAUCCGGUGCCGCCAGGACAAUGGGGGAGCUCCUGGAGGCGGCACAGGGACAGCAGCGGCGAGACCGUGGCGGCAAAGGCUGUGGCAGCGGCGGCAGCAGCAGCGACGGCGACGGCGUCCGCCAGGGUAA